AAGUUAUCGAUUUUAUAUAUUUCAAUUCGCUGAAUUUGUUAGUGCCGUGUUCAAGAUUAUAAUUGUUGUAGUUACUUCAUUAUUGUAGAAUAUUUUAUAAAGUGAGGAGAGUGGGACGAGGCGGGAAAUCAAUAAGCCGUUGGAGAUACGUCGGGUGGUGCGAAAGUUACAGCUGCGGAUUACUGUUACACUAAGUCGUUCACAGUGAAAUAAUAAUAAUAAUAUUACCUUUUACUGCAGAACAAAUACAAGAUGGCUGGUGGUGGAGACCCGAAAUGGCAGAAAGAUGCGUCGGAUCAGAAUUUCGACUACAUGUUCAAACUCCUCAUCAUUGGCAACAGUUCUGUAGGAAAAACCAGUUUUCUAUUCCGUUACGCGGAUGACUCAUUCACAUCAGCAUUCGUAUCGACGGUGGGGAUCGAUUUCAAGGUGAAGACGGUCUUUCGCCACGACAAACGCGUUAAACUUCAGAUAUGGGAUACUGCAGGACAAGAGCGUUACCGUACUAUUACAACGGCAUACUAUCGAGGAGCCAUGGGUUUUAUCCUCAUGUAUGAUAUCACCAAUGAGGAGAGUUUCAACAGUGUGCAAGAUUGGGUGACGCAAAUAAAGACGUAUUCAUGGGACAAUGCGCAAGUGAUCCUGGUGGGUAACAAGUGCGACAUGGAGGAGGAGCGUGUGGUGAGCGCGGAGCGCGGGCGGCAGUUAGCUGAGCAACUCGGCGUCGAGUUCUACGAGACCAGUGCUAAGGAGAACAUCAAUGUUAAGUCUGUGUUCGAGCGCCUGGUGGACAUAAUCUGCGACAAAAUGUCAGAGAGCUUGGACUCUGAGCCGGCCAUGCUUGCCGGAGGAGCCCGUGGCCAGCGUCUCACGGAGCAGCCUCAAGGGAACACGAACAGCAACUGUAACUGUUAAUGUACUGUCAAUUUUAACUGGGCUACGGCUUGUGAAGGAGCUGUUGAAUCUGUAGCGUUUAGCACUCGUGGUAGACGCGGUGACGCGGUCGUAAAACUAAUACGUCAAUAUAAUAUCAUCGUGCACAAAAUCCAAUUUGUAUUGAACCGAUACAUUAACGAGGUGUCUGGCGACCGCUUAGUCGUUUGCCUGUUAAAGCGAAUAUUUAUUCUGACGGCAUCUAGAAGUUAUCGAUCAGAAUGUAACUCUCACGACCUUGUUCAGGCAAUAGGACCAAUGAAUCACUCGUUAGUUUUGUUUCAUAUCGUUAUAGCAUUUUUUAGCAUCGGUGAUUCUGUAAACGCUUUUCGUAUGUUACACAUAUUCUGCUACGAGUGCUUUGUCCGCUGAGUUGUUUAAAGCUGCCUUCAAAAAGUAAAUCAAUAUUGAGGAGAGAAUAAAUAAAAUAUAGUAAAUUUAAAAAUCAAUGUUAUACAUUUCUGUAAUUCCUAAAUUGAAAUAAAUAACCCCCUUACAGUUCCAUAAAUAUGAUGUUUUUAACCACAUACGAGUACCAUAGAAAAACACUUAUUUGAACGAAAAAUAUUAUUAAUACAAAUGUUAAACUUAUAUGUAUCUAUAUAAUAUUAUUGAUUAUCUAUAUAGGUGUUAGGUAGCUAUAUCUAUUGUGAGCUGGAGUAGGGAUCUGAUACUUCUUAUAGCUAGUUGUUAACCGCCUGAUGUUUCCCUUGAAUUAGUUCUGCUUUCGUUGACUAUGUCUCUUUAUGUUUAGCUCGUAUUAAAUGUUGUGUAUGGCGAAGUAACAUUGUUUUUAAAGUUAUAAAAAUUACAACGAGAAUAAAAAAAAUAGGGAUUUGAUAAAUGAUUUAUAUUAUCAUCAAUCACUAUCAAAUAAAUCAACUGAUAGCCUAUCCGCUUGGAGCAAUAAGCGUAACUCCGAAACAGGUGGCGGAUUCAUUGUACUAUGGACAAAAAUUAAACCCAAAAUUGUAACUUUCAUUUAAGGUCUUAGCAAUUGUUAGUAAACAUAUAUUAAAAUUUUGCUGAUGCUUAUUUUUUCAACCUGUAUUCAGUUAGAGCCAUGAACAUAGCUACUUUAUUCAACAAUCAAGUAUAUAUAAGUAGCUAAAUUAGUUGUUGACUUCGUUGUAGCUAAAUUUUAUUUUGGCCUGCUAUCGAAUCGUAAUACGGUACAUACUGCUUGUACUUAGCGUUUCACUUUGUAAAUACGUUAACCAGUGUAUAAAAUAAUCUACUGUAUAGUAUUAUAUCUACGUACUAUAUAAAUCUGUUUGUAUUCUUGUUACUACGCUAUGUUAAUACUAAGUAUAGGUGUUUAUUUAACCACUGACGUUAGGAUAAGGCAUGUUUUAUUUGUGUCCUUUAUUUCCACUGCGUAAGUUACAAUCAUACUAAUUAAAACCGUCUAUAACGACUGUUUAUAAGAAAUAUAAUAUGUAUUUUUGAAGGAUUGUAGAGUACAGAUUUCAAAUUACAAAAUAUGUAAUCAUUAACAUUACAAUUAGUGAUUUAUUGAACAUUACAAAGCAUAUUGAACAACGCACUUUUUUUUGCAGUUGCGGCAUCAUUUAUGGUUGUUCGUCUAACAUUAAGUUAGCUUUCCGUGUCUGUUUUAUAACAAAGUUUUCUUAUAAUCAAUGAUCGGCUCCCGAUAGCAAUUUUUCGACGAAAGUAUUACAUGGAUAUGAUUUUAUUUAAAUUUAAUGCACAAAAAUAUAAAACGGCUCCCGGUAGGAAUUGUUCGAUAAAAGUAUUACAUAGAUAUGAUUCUAUUUAAAUUUAAUGCACAAUAAUAUAAAAAUGUAUGCAGUUUCUUAUUAUCGAAUUACAAUUUUAUCAAAAAUUUGUUAGAAGCUUGAAUACAAAAGAUACAAGGUCGGUUUACAAUCUGUUGAUGUAGAAAUGUAAAUCUCUUUAUAUAAAUGAAUCCUCAAUAUUAAAAGAGAUCGAUUAACAAUUACAUAUAUAGAAAAAAUUAUGAUAAUAGGUAACAGAUUAAAUUCAGUGCGUUUUUAACAAUAUACAUGUAUAUAUGGUUUUAUUUUUAACAGACUUAUCCAUAUUAGGCAUUACGUUUGACGUAAAAGUCACAUGAAAUGCUAACGGUCGCCGAUCACUGCUUAUAAUGUACUUAACCAUAUUGUCGUUAUGGGCGGACCCCACAGUAUUGUGUAGGUAUAUGUAUUCGGCGUGUUUCCUUCAUGUGAAAAUUACAACUAGGUGUAUCUGUAUUCUGUAGACGACAUAGACAAUACGAUUUAUAUCAAGUUAUGUUGAAACAUGAGCACAUUUAUUUUUUUAGAUACUAAUUAUGUAUUGUUUAGAUAUUAAUUAAGAAUAAGUCAUCAAUUUUUUUGAUGUGGUAAAACCGAACUAUUAAAAAUACGUACUUACUUCAUUAGAUGACUAUAUUGCAUUUGCUUGAAAAAAAAAAGAUUUGUAAAAAUAAACAUAUAUGACGUCGCCAAAUUUAUUAAAAGUACAAUAGAGAUUGUCUAAAGCAGAUUAAAUUUUAUUAAAAACUAUUAAGAAAUCUCAUCUUAUGAUUCUUAUGAAUUAUCAAUAGAUAAAAAAAUAGUGAUGUUUUAAUAAAAUCUUGCCAUCAGUUUGAACCAGCGGUAGCAGCAUGGUUGCUUUUUUAUUGCUUGUCACUAUGCUGGUCACUUUCGCAUUUACUUGUUAGAACGUGACAGGCAUGGUGACAGAUAAUAAAAAUGCGACCGUGCUGCAGCUGCUGAGUUUUAGAAAUGUUGCUUAAUCAAUUACCUACCAAUAAAUUACGAUGGGAAACAUUAUCAAAAAAGGUGCUCAUUUUGACCGGUUGCAUAACGUGAGACCUAAGAAAUCGUCAUUUUGAAGGUCAAUAAUCGCUGGUGAGUUUACUUUGUUAUGAAAAAACUGCAGCUAUUUCCACACGUUAUUCAUGCGUGGCGUGGCCGGUGGGAACGGGCUUAAUAUAACAGUAGACGUAUCGUAUCUAGCAGUGUGUGUGAGUCCUGUAGCAGGACGUGAGAGGCAUAUCGUAGUCACGGGCUUUAGUAGAUUGUGUUGUUUAGCAAAUAAUAAUUAAAUUAUCUUAUUUUAACUAUUUUAAGUAUUAUUUGCAGUAUAUAAACUUAAUGAACGUUUUUCCUACGUUGUAUCACACAAAUUUUGGCUCGAUAAGCUGCAGGAAAGAAUUAAACUAGUAGUAUUCAUAAUUGUAAGUUAUAUAAUAUUUGUUGUGUGUUAAAGGAAUUAUUUAAAGAUACACCCGUGUAAAAGGUUCACGAAUAUAAUUAUAUAAAUUAUUAAAUA